CGUUGAUAGUCGGCGCGCGCGUCGUGCCAAACUUGUGCCGUGUGUAGCUGUCUGCUGGUGAAAUAACAUGCUGCCGGUCGGAUUUUAACACCCACCCUUGAAAUAAAAUAAUAAUAAAAUAUAUAAUCGAGAUUGCGCGAGAAUAAGAAACGACGCGAUCAUGAUUUUCCGCGUGCUGGGCCGGGGCGGCGUGCUCGCCUUCAGUCCGAUCCUGUUCGAGACGGAGAAUCCCCACGACAAGAUCGCCGACGACGACGGCCGCGACAGUCUCACCCAUUACGAUCCCGACGCCACCGGCUGGCAGAGGAUCCGCAGCAUCUUCAAGAAGCACAAAGACUACACGUUUCAUCCGGACCUGGUGAACGUCGUGCAGACCGCCGUGUUCUCCUACAUCGUCGGCGGUCUCUACGGGGGCGUGAUGAAGUCCAGGGAGGCCUUCAUCAAGUUCAUCGAGACCAACGAGGCCACCCAGUUCCGCAGCCAUCUGGACGCCAAGAGGCAGCUGUCCGACAAGAUGUUCAUCGCCCUGAUGAAGGGUGCCAACACGUGGGGACCCAAGGUCACCUUCUUCACGGUGACUUACACAGUUGUUACAACCGGACUCCAAGCGUAUUACAACAAACACUCGAUACUGUUUUACAUUCUUGGAGGUAGCGCGGCUGGAGCAGUUUACAAGUCGCCUCUGGGUCUCAGAGGUAUGGUUUCGGGAGCUGUCUUUGGAGGAUUCUUUGGAUCUAUUUACGGAGGCCUCAGGUUUUUGGUGCUGAAAGGUUUCAACAUGACAGAAGAAGAUUUUAAAAAUUUGCAGUACCAAAUUUGGGCUCAGAGAGAAGAAGCUGUAACUAACGCAUAUAAGCAAAAGAUAAUGUCGGAGACAAUGGAAGGUUUGAAAAAAGAUAUGCUCCCCGAAAAAAAGUAAUCGUAAUGAUUAUGUUUGUAUAUAGCUAUUGAUCAAAGAUGUUGUUGACAUAAUUUGUACAUACUCUAUGUUAAAUAUAUUUUUCUCUUGUUUAUGGAAAUAGUUUCAUUAGAA